GGCUGCAGACCAGUAGGGAGGUCCUAAUCUAGCAUAGCAGCUGGGAGCAUUUUACCACGUGAUGCGAGAGAUGUUAGAGAGCAGCCAUCAUCAUUUCACCUAAUUCAUGUCCAGCCUGAAAUGGUAAAAGGUAAGACGACAAGGAAACGGAAAACUACGAUGGAGUAGAUGAAGACUGAAGCCUCGUCCAUUCUGCUUACUGCCUCACAACGUAACAAGGUAGGCUUCAAACAACACCUGGUCUGAUCUUGGCUGUCUGCAUCUAGUGACACAGGAGCACAAACCUGCUUCUUGGGUUGCAGGAGCACAGUGGAGGAGAGGGUCUGAGGCUGAUUACUCCCCCCCAUUAGUCUUUGAGGAGGAGGGGGGAGGAGGAGGAAGAGGAGGAAGAAGGAGCUGCUAUAACCACCCAGAGCAUGGGGCAAAAAGUCCCAGGUGGUAUUAAAACCAUUGAUAUGCGGGAUCCAGCGUUCAGCCCCUUGAAGCUGGAGCUACAGGCCCUGAGUCGCACCAAGCCGUCUCGGCUGGAUCUGUUGCUGGACAUGCCACCUGCCAGCCUGGACGUCCAGGUCCAGCACUCGUGGAACAACGAUGACCGUUCCCUCAACAUCUUCGUCAAGGACGACAACAAGCUGGUGUUUCACAGGCACCCUGUGGCGCAGAGCACGGACGCCAUCCGGGGCCGUGUUGGCUAUACAAGGGGACUGCAUGUGUGGGAGAUCAGCUGGGCUAUGCGUCAGAGGGGCACGCAUGCUGUGGUCGGAGUGGCAACGAGUGACGCCCCGCUACACUCGGUGGGCUACACAGCUUUGGUAGGAAGCAACGCUGAGUCCUGGGGCUGGGACCUGUGCAGGAGUAAACUCUACCACGACGGCAAGAAUCACCCAGGAAAAAGCUACCCGGCCUUCCUCGAGCCAGACGACACCUUCAUAAUACCAGACUCACUCUUAGUAGUCUUGGACAUGGAUGAGGGGACUCUGGGUUACAUAGUGGAUGGGCAUUAUCUAGGGGUGGCGUUCAGAGGACUUAAAGGCAGGAAGCUGUACCCGGUAGUGAGCGCCGUGUGGGGACACUGUGAAAUACGAAUCCGGUACAUAAAUGGACUUGAUCCUGAGCCCCUCUCUCUGAUGGACCUGUGUAGGCGUUCGGUGAGGGUGGCAUUAGGAAGAGACCGUCUGACUGAAAUCCAUAGACUGCCCCUGCCGGCCUCUCUCAAGAACUACCUGCUCUACCAAUGACGCCGCUGACGGUCACAACACACUCAGUCUCUUUCUCAUGUUUCUCUGGGAUCCGUCUUGGGUUGAACCCGUUUGACAACAUUGCUCAAUCCUCCAGGACUGACUGCCUUCAACAAGUAUGCUUCUGUGUCAGUGGCUGGACUCCUUUUGAGUUUCUUAUCCUGUUUUUACGACUCUUUGCAAUUGUAUUCUCUAACUUUAUAAAAUCAGGAAUCACUGAGCACUAUGCACAUGCUGAUCCAGACGAUGCCCUGACAGUCACCAUGUUGGUGUACCUCCUCCAGUUUGUAAGUUAAUGUGGCACGUGUGGUCGGUAUCUCUGCUGUGACCUUCAGACUUUCGUAGCCUUUUAUAUUUAAAUGUUACUGGUUGUGCUAAAACAAAAUUGAGUGAUGGAGGUUAAGCUAAACUUUGAGCAUUGGUGCCGAAAUGCACUGCCAGUAUCUGGCCACAGUGUGGCAGCACAUACUCACGUCAACCUGGACAUCCUCUCAAAUUGAGAAUUAUAACAUGUAAUCCUAGUUGCUUUUAGAAAUUAUGGUUUUUAAAUAGAUUAUAAAUUAAAAAAAAAAAAUUGCGGUUCACGCAACACAGAAAGGAGAUGCUGAUCACUCCAUAGUGAGUCUGUAGUGCAGUGUGGAUAAAUGCACUGUGAGGCAGCUGAAGAGCAGCUCCGACCACUCACUGACUGCACUAUCAGGUUUCUCUGCGAUAUGGAAGUGUGCCCCAUUGCUUACGUUCAUGGCAUCCGACAGGAACAUCAUCAGCAGAAAUUUUAACGGAAGGAUAAUGUCACUGUGAUUAUUUGUAGCAUGCAUCUGCAGGAACUGUUUUUCAAUACAAUCACAAUGUCUUUUUUUUUUUUAAUUUUUAUCUUUCCUGUUACUCCUGCUUUUUGUAGUGCAGUAGUUUUGAACCACAUGCUGUCCGGCCCAAGAGUGCUGUUUUUUUGUUUUUGUUUGUUUUUAUUCAACUGGUCUCUCCAUCAACUCAUUUCACGGGUUUGCCAGAGAAUGGAAACUAACCAAUGAAAUAGCCACUGAAGUGGUUCAUUGAAAUGAAAACAUGCUACUUUCGGGUCUCACUGGCACAUAGCUGAGAACCAUUGUAGUGUUUGUGUUUUAUGACAUGUGGGGGGGGCAAACUUCAGAUUUAAGGCACUAUAAUGACAGAAAAAGACAAUCCACAAAUCUACUGCAUUAAAAGAAGGUAAGAUUGCCAACAUAUUGUCAAAUGCCAUAUCAUAGACCUGUUGACUCUAGUAUUUUUAAAUGUGCAGAUGUGGUCCUAAUUCAGCACUCAGCUGAUGUGGACACUCUGUGCCACACCUUACUUUUCCUUGCUUGCAGCUUCCAUUUUAUUUGUAUUCCUUGUUGUAGAUUUGUUUGUAAGUAUCUAUUAAAGUUUAUUUCAAAGUA